AUGCUAAACAAGAGUGAAACGGAUGAACAUCUUCACAGUAUCCAGUACUGCUUUCCACACAUCAAUUCAUCAUGCAUCAAAGAUUUCCAACCGGACGCUCGCAACAUUAUUUUAUACAUUUUCAUUUCCGGAAUAUCUUUGCUAACUGUAUUUCUGAAUCUGCUGGUGAUCAUCUCCAUCUCUCACUUCAAGCAACUUCACACUCCGACCAACCUGCUCAUUCUCUCUCUGGCUGUGGCCGACAUGCUCGUGGGUCUCAUUGUCAUGCCCGUACAGGGCAUCGAAUUAAUUGACUCGUGCUGGUACUUCGGGGACACGUUUUGUAAAAUAUUUCCAUAUCUUCUUUACGUGGUUGUCACAGCAUCUCUUGGCAAUUUGGUUUUUAUAUCUGUUGAUCGAUACGUUGCUGUGAAUGACCCUUUGAGAUAUCCAACGCGGGUGACGAACAAUAUCACAGUUUUUUUCAUUCUUAUAACGUGGUUAUCGUCAUUCCUAUUUUGCAUUAUUAUUUUAAACCAAGCUACUCCUAAGAAAGACAAAAGUCAGGUUUGUUAUGGAGACUGUAGAUUUGCUAUCAAGUUUGAAUAUUUUAUCAUGGACUUAAUAUUUACCUUCAUUGGACCUUGCUCUGUCAUCCUUUCUUUAUACUUAAAAAUCUUCUACAUAGCAAAAAAACAGGCUCAGAAUUUAAAUUCAGCCAAAGAUAAAAAGGCCUGUUUAAAUGACAAGGCUGCGAGAACCAUAGGGAUUGUGGUGAUAGUCUACCUCUUGACUUAUAUACCAUACUAUAUAGCUGCUCUUAUUCUGCCAAAGGAAUCGAAUGAAAAUGUGAUAAAUAUAAUGUACUGGAUCGCAUGCUUGAAUUCCUGUAUGAAUCCUAUAAUCUAUGCAAUGUUUUACCGGUGGUUUCGAAUAACGGUUAAACACAUUCUGACACUACGAAUAUGUGAGCCAUUAUCAGAAUAUUUUAAUCUGUUGCCAGAUAACGAGGUUUAA